AAGCUCCCCAUGCCUGGAUACAACACCACGAACUUCGUACCGUACAGUAUGAGAGGCAAAAAAGUCAUGGAUGUCGUCAGCGGUGUUUCUUCCGGUUCUCUGCCUGGCCAGGGAAAGUCUAAUCCGCCUUAUGGAAAUGUAUAAUCGGUGUGUUCGGUAUAUUCGGUUACGACGUGCUGCGUACCUGUCGGAUGGUUCUUCCCUCUGGUUUUCUGCCUCUAUGCAGCCAGCCCUGGCAUUGGCUCACAGCAAAAGUCCAUAAACAUCCAAGAAAAAGGGGGCCCAGGGGGUGAAAUAGUGGUGGAGGUAGGUUUGGUUCGUUCGUUCGUUCGGGAUU